AUGCGCGGAGGCGACUGUGGCGGAUGGGGGGAACCGAUUGGUGGGGGCGGGCUCAGGAGUGCUGAUGCGCGGAACGAGCGGCGGGGACUGGACGUGGGGGAGGGGAGAGGUGCAACGGGGGCGAGUGUGAGGAGCGAAGUGGGGGGCGACAGGGAAGGCGCGGGGUAUAGCCUGCACAAGGGCCAGUGCUUGCCGCCAGCAGCGGCAGCAGCGGCGCCAGGCGCACAGCAGGCGAGCAAUAGGGCUGCCACAGCACCGUGGGCACCACUCCGCCCCGCCGGGCCGGCACCCAAACCCACCGCGCUUGCAGCGGCAGAAUCGGCAGCAGAAGCAGGCGCGCGGGCAGAAGCAGCAGUGAGGGCAGAUGCGCAGGCGGUGUGGGCGCGAGCAGGCGAGCAGGUGGGCGGCGAGGUGCAACGGCUCAUGGCGCCGCUCACCCGCCUGCUGCUCGCCCUGCAGGGGACUGGGGGGACUGCGGGUGUGGGAGGUGGGGACGAGGAGCGGUGGGAGGGUGGCGGCGGCAGAGAGGCAGGAAGUGACGGCGGGUGGGGGAGCGCAGCGGAAGGGUGUGGGGGUGAGGACGCAGGGAAGGGCGGUGAGACAAGUGGGAGCGAGCGAGGGGGGGGGUGGGUGGAGCGAGUGGAGGCGCUGCGAGUGGUGAGGGCGCGGGGCAGGGCGUGGCCCUGUGCAUGGGUGGGAAGCAGGCAGAGGUUUGCCGAGACUAAGCUCUGCUUCUCUCCCCUCUCCCACUUCCUCUUCUGCUGCCAUCCCCACUUACUCCUUUCCUAA